GAGAGCAUCUCCGGAUACAAGCAGUUGUGUCGUUUGAAUCGCUCCGUGGGCGGCCUGGAAGGCUUCCAGCCAAACAUUGUAUUCUGCAGGUGUUGUUCAAUCCAGUUGCAUUCCGAAAGACAAUGCUGAAGUCGUUGGUCCUGUUCGCCGUCGCUGCGGCUAUAUCGGCGCAGCGAGACCUGAUCCUGCCAGACGCUCGCGCGUGUGCGAACAGGGUGAAGCACGCACACGAGUUCCGCAACGGGCACCACUACUUCUACUCGUGGCGCCACCGCGCCACGGCCCGCCACGAGCGUGACUGGCUGGACGGCCGCAACAUCUGCCGCAAGCACUGCCAGGACCUGGUGUCGCUCGAGACAGCGGAGGAGGCCCGCAUGAUUGAGAGCGCCGUCGCGCGGGACGGCGUCAAGUACAUCUGGACGUCCGGCAGGAAGUGUGACUUCGAUGGCUGCGACCGGCCUGACCUGCAGCCGCUGAUUAUCAACGGCUUCUUCUGGUCGGGCUCGGGCGAAAAGAUGCCGCCGACCAACCAGCGCAUCACCAACGGCUUCCCCAACUGGUCGCACACGGGCGGCUCCGGUCGGCCGCAGCCGGACAACCGGGAAGAGGCCGAGGGCACGGGCCAGGAGAGCUGCGUCGGCAUCCUCAACAACUUCUACGACGACGGCGUCAAGUGGCACGACAUCGCCUGCCACCACCAGAAGCCGUGGGUGUGCGAGGACUCGGACGAGCUGCUCGCCUACGCGCGCUCCACCAGCCGCCUCCGCAUCCCCUGAGGGGCCGGGCUGGCGCCGCGGCGGCGACCGCAGACCGCGCCCGGCUCCGACGGGUCGCUGUCGCAUCGGAGAAGAGGCCGAGGCGGUGCGGUCGUGUUCGAAAGCUCCCAGAGGGCCGCGGCGCGUGCAAACCCUCAGCGGGGAGCUGAGGAGUGCGGGGAGCGGUCUGUGUCCUCCGCGAGGGUCAGUGUCAGGAGUAGUCCUGUCCAGUGAGUUGGGUGAGGUCUGUCCAGAGCGAACGCUGCUUGUGAGGACUUCCGUGCUGUUAGCGACACCGGCUGUGCGUCAGAAAAGUGUAAUUCUGUCUAGGUAAUGAGGCACAUGUCUUCUACCCCAUAUGCCAUAUCUGGCGGACUGGAGGCAUACGUUAUUACGUGCCGGAACUUCUAUCUGAAUAGUUAUCAGAACCUCCUGUCACAAUUGCGGCAGAAAAAUGGGCUGUUUCCCGAACUGCGUGCCAGAAAAUAUUAGUAGUAAAGGAAGCAUGAGCCGUAAACAAUCCGCGGUUUUGUUAAUAAGUUUCCCUUGUAGUCAAUAGUGUGAAUACGAUGACGUGGUAUAAUACAAGCAACAGUGAUA